AGACUUUACUACAUACAUGCGGGCUUAUGCUGUUAUUAUUUGGGUAUUACCUGCGGACAGUCGCACCUGGAACAUGUAAACAAACAUCACCAGUUAAGAGGAUCGCCAGUUUUAAACCGGAACACCGGAAGAGCGUUUCCAUGGAAAAGUAAACAAAACGACUUAAAUCCUGGCAGUGAUUUCAUCCACUCUCAUUUGAUUGAUCCAGUAACUGGUCUGUGCGUAGUUGAAAAGCUAAACACCUGCAUUCCUUAUUAAUCCAGCUACCGCGAUGGACUUGAAACCUAUUACGCGCGCGUCCUCUACAGGAUACCGGCUACCGGGGCGAGCAAUGGGGACCAGAGCGACAACUGAGGGCCUGUCGGGCACGGCACGAUGUAAAGGACAGGCGGCGCAUGGCGACAAGGAUGACCCAGUUAAACGGGACCAGUUUUGGAGGGAGAUGGUAUGGAGGCAGAGGAGAGCAGCCCUGGAAUGGGAGGAGAACUGGGACAGCAACAAGGAAUUUUAUCAGACGGGACUUGUGAAGCCGGAGGAGCCUUUGCCAAACUACGUGUCACUCUUCUCUGAUCACGUUCCCAACACUGCCAACCAGAUAGUUGGUAGCAGACUGUACACUCCGCUGGGACGUGAAUUGGUUAGACUGGACAGGCUGAUACUCUGGCCAGCAGGCCGGUGCAAAUGACCCAGAGCUGACACUCGGUUAGGCCACUCUGGACACUCAAACAGAAUUGCAGAAACAAGCACAAAACAACUUGAAAGCAAGAAUAAAGUGGCUUAAACAAACCAAUAAAAAAAAAUAGCACAAACUG